AUUUAAAGCCCACUGAAACUAAUGAACCUACUGAACCUACUACUUCAGAAGAAGAGACACCAACUGAAAAACCAAUUAUUCCCACGAAAUUAGAAACUGAUGUUUCAGAUACUACUACGGAAUCAGAAAAAAAUAAACAUACUACGGAAUCAGAAAUAGAUGUUCCCAAAACUACUACUACAAACCAAGAUUUAAAGCCCACUGAAACUAAUGAACCUACUGAACCUACUAAUGAUAUAACAACGAUACCUACCGAUUUAUCAACAGAAUCACCAAAAUCAACAUCAAUAAACGAUGAAGAUGAAGUACCCAGUACGGUAGAGGUUACCACGUCAACAGAUGUCAAUUCUCCCACUAAUACAGAUAAACCUAAAAAUACACCUGAAGAUACAAACACUGUCCCAUCAAUAAUAAAUCCUACAUCAACUGGAGCUACUGAAACUACUGGAGUUACUGGAACUGCUGUUGAAAUUACUACCAAUACCAAUACCAAUACUCCUAUAUCAACUGGAACUACCGGAGCUACUGAAGCUACUGGAGUUAUUACCAAUACAGAACAGAUCAAUACCAGUUCUAACACAGGAAAUACCAAUACUAAUACUAUUCCGGAACAAACGAAUAUUAAUACGGAACCAACCAAUACUAAUACUAUUCCGGAACAAACGAAUAUUAAUACGGAACCAACCAAUACUAAUACAGGAUCUACCAAUACUCCCACUAUUACUGAAGAUGAACCUACCGUUAUUCCUGCUAUUGUUAUUCCCAAUAGUCCUUCUGAAGUUCCUUCUGGAUAUUCCAAAAUACAAAUAAAAUUAAAAAAUAAUUUACCAUGGGAAAAUGUAGUAAAUGAUAGUACAAUUCCUCCUUUCAUAGCUCAUUAUUUACCAAUAGAAAUAGCCAAAUGUAUUGAAGACAUGUCACCUGAUGAAAUAAAAGUAGUGAUGUUAGAAGUAGCACCAGAUAAUGGAGUAUUCGUAAUAUUAAUUGUACCUGAUAAAUAUUUAGCUGAUAUAACAGCAAUAUUAUCGGAUCCUACCAGUGAAUUUUAUACAAAUGAAGAUAAUGAAUUUAGAGAUUUAGUGGAUUAUCAAUAUGAUAUACAUCAAAAUGAUGAUAAUUUAAAAUCCGGACCAAACACAAAUGAUCCCAAGAGUAGUAGUAUUACUAAUAUUCCCACAGGAACAAUUAAAAAUGGUGAUUUGACAAAUACUGAUGAUUCACCCGGAAGUAGUAAAAAACCAUUUGUCAUUCUUGCGGUUAUAGGAUCAACUAUACUUUAUGUUGCAUUCACAAUAUUGGUGAUUAAAGCAUAUAAAAGAAGUAGAGCAAGAGCGGCUCAACAACAGGAAAUGAUACAUACAAAUAAUAAUGUAUAA